GACGGAAGUCAACCUGGACCCAACUGGACGUUGUUUGUCGGUAUCUUUGGCUUGGUUGUUCCUGUGUGUCUGGUGGUCUUUCCUUGGAUUUAUGACAAGAAGGGCAAGUUCAGACGUCUUGGCAAAUUCUGCAUGAAACCUCGAACAAAUUUGAUCUUUACUGGAUUCUACACUGGUCUUUGGGCUACAGCCGGUAUUGCUAUGACCGUGCAUUCGAAUAACCCAUCCAACUGCGAUCUUGCUGGUGAUAUGGAAGAAGAACAUGGUGAUGCGUAUAGAAGUGCAUGGACUAGUCAGUGCUCUUGUGCCAAAGUCGCCGCUGGUUUCGCGUGGACCACAUGCAUCCUGUGGCUUCUAUCUCUGCUGUGCACGCUUGUGAUUUUCUUCAAGGAAAAACAACUGAUUCAAAGGAACCUUAAGCAGCACGAGUCGAACAAGCAGGCUGUAUUGCAAAUGCAGCAACAGCAACAGCAG